ACGCAGUGUCGGAGCUCUGCCACGACUCCUUCCUGAAGCAGCACAACCGCAUGAUCGAGGGCGCCGUGCUCACGUCGAGGGGCGAGAGGAACUUGAAAUGCGCCGUCACCUUCCAGACCGACUCCAUCCUGCAGAGGUUUAUGCUGAGGUUCGAGCGCCUCCAGCUGGACUGCAACGACCACCUGUUCAUCUACGACGGGGCCUACGCUAUGGGCACCUAUAAGGCUGACUUAUCCUGCCGCAACACCCUGGCCAACGUGGGGACGAUUUACACCCAGACCAACCACGUGACCCUCCGCUACGUCACCGACCAGUGGGGACCCAAGGAGAACGGUUUCAAGCUGCUCAUCACGGCUUUCAAGGAUAAAACGACGUCCUUGGGAGAGAUCCUGGGCAUCUCUGGGGCUCUCCUGGUCACCAUCGUCGCCUCCGCCGCCUUCCUCUGCUGUGCCUGCGGCGUCACCAUCGUCGUGUGGGUCUACAGGAGGAACCGCGCCCUUCAGAGACCCCCGCCGCCGCAGACGCAGCCGGCCUAUCCGGUAGAAAUCGGCGGGAAUUUCGGGACGAACGGCACCUUCAGCAGCCUCCUGGUGGAGAAACCCCCGCCGUACCCCGGGGCGCCGCAGCACACGUCGGUCAUCCCACCUGUUUAUUCAGUUAUGCCUCAGUUCCCAAACGCUCAAAAAAGGUACGAGUCCGGGAAACCUGGUUCGCCCUGCGUUCGGGGUGGGGUGCAGUACGCUACGGCUCCGCACCAUCGCUCGCUCCUUCCAGUGUCUGUGAGGGCGUCAGGCUCCGAGAGCGACGUCUCCUCCACGCAGAAGGAAGAGUGGUUUGUAUAGGUGCAGCUAAAACUAGCGUAUGAAUCUCCCUGGACGCAGGGUGGGCCUUCAGCUGUCUGCAAGGUGCCCCCAGGCAGACAGACCUCUAUCUUUCACCUCUCUCUCUCUUUUUUCCCCAUCUUUUUCUUGGUCUUGGCUCUCUCUCUAUCUCUAUCUAUCUCUCUGUUUUAUAUAGGUUAUAUAUCAUAGUUUCUUAUUGUAUCUUGAUGUAGCAUCAUCCCCCAGAUCCUUUGUAUAAUGGAUGACCCUGAGUAGAGACAGGUUUCUGAUACCGAUGUCAUUAUACCUCAAAUUAGCAUUUUUAGAUUUUUUUUAUUAUACUGUUCUGUUAUUGUUAUAUUUUUAUAGCAUUUAGGUUCUCUUCAUGAAGUCUGAUGUUACUGUAAUUAGUGAUAUAUUUUUGUUAAACUACUCUUCUCUAUUUUAUAUUUGUAUUAGUUUUUGAUUUGCCUUGUGAUGUUUUAGGAAUUGAAUUGGCAUGAAAUUUCGACUUUGAACAUGUCAUAUAUGAAAGAAAAAAUCCUGCUUUACUCAUGGAACAAAAUCCCAUAAGCAAAUGUACACCAAAAUACAUUGUGUAGUUCUAUAGAGUGCAUAAUUGUUCCAAAAGGCAUUUUGAUAUACAAUGCUAAUGUUCCAUCUGUUAAUUUUUUUUGUAACUUUGUUUGUAACAAAUUAGUAAAUUCAUUUUGACAUUACACAUUUUCUAUUGUACAAUACUAUAUUUCUAGUACAGUACGAGCGCCAUAGCCAUUUCAUCAGUAGUCUAUUAUGAUAAAAAGGUUGACAUACAUGAUAUAAAAUUUCCCGUAAGAUAUCACUCAUAUUACAAAUAUUAUUCAUAAUGAUGUUUAUAUAUCACUUAUCCUUAUAAAGUGACUGAGUAAAGUUUCCUCUCUAACUUGGUCAAAAUGUCUAUUAAAAAUAUAUGUUAAAAGAAGAAGAAAUUGAAGUAUAUUAUGAAUAAGUAAGUCAAGAUUGAUAGCAAUAUAAUUCAAUAAUUAAGAUCAAAAUUGUGUUUUUAAUACAUUAGGAAAAAAGUAUACGAAAAUCAACUCCAAGAAAGCUUGCCUUUAACUUGACAUUAUGUUAAUCUUUUUAUCAGUCCCAUGAUAGAUAAAGGCGCCAGCAGUAACUAAUAGGUUAUUCAGUUGAUAUUUUAUAGAACAAUUGUUUCCUAUGUAUAGAUAUAAAACUGUCAUGAAAUAUUUUGGGUCAGAUGUGAUUGAAAUAUUGACAGAACAGUAUAUUAUAUCUAUAGCGUGUCUUUACUAUCUGUGAAAAUGAAAGCAUUGAUGAGAAAAUAGUGUAUUUACAGAAUUUAGCACAAAUAACACAUUUUAACAUCAUACUUUUAAGGAGGUUUACAAGACAAUUUUGUGAAGUUCAUAUAGCAUAAUAUUUCCAUACAGGGAAGUGGUAACUAUGUAUAAUAUUGUGAAGAUCAUGUACUUGUAAUGUAAAGCCUGCCUGCAUAAUGGUACAUGAUGCAUGUGUUUGCAUUUAGCAGUGCACACACACACACACACACACACACACACACACACACACACACACACACACACACACACACACACACACACACACACACACACACACACACACACACACACACACACACGUACAUACAUACGUACGUUAACAUGAUAGUCAUAAUUACUAGAAUUAUAAUUAUCAGAAUCUUAUGAUAAAAAGGUAUUAUAAGUGAAGUCAAUUUCACAUAUUAAUUGAAUGAAAACUGUUCAGAUUACACACAAAAUAACAAUUAGGAGAAAGCAAUGAAAGGAAAUAAUAUGCUUUCAUUUAUAUAGUUUUCAUCUGGCAAUAUAAGAAUGAAUGCCUUUGGAUUCAUUCCGCUAAAGGAAUUUAUAUACGUGAACCUAUAUAUACUGUUUGUAACAUAUCACACAAGCAUAUCAAAACUAUGAGGAUCUGUUGGUCCAUAAUGUAUAAUAAUAUCUACAUAAGAUUAUGUAUAUCUGUAAGUGAAGAAAUCUUUGAGAGUCUUCAUUAUAAUUUUCUAAAUCAUAAUAUACAGCUUCUAAUCUGUGAAAAAGGCCAUAUAGCAAGGAAAGUAUAAGUUUAUUUCUUAAUAUUAAUAUUUUGAUGCAUGGGAACCUGACAUAAUGAAAAAAGAAAGAUAUUUGUGACUUUUUCAAAAGUCCAAUGGUUAAGGUUUACUGUAUAUGCUGUAGUAAUACCAUACAUAACUUUAUAUAUAUAUAUUUUCUUUGUAUCAGAUUUGCUUGGCUCUGUCUUCAAAGAGAUUGUAAUGGUAAUAUUAAUAACUCUAACUGCAUGAAACUGCUUUUUAAGCAUUUAUGAAGAAUAUUUUCAGUUAAGGAAAAAUGAUUAUCUCUCGUUAGCUAUUUAUUAUAAAAGCCAAAAAUUUUGUCAUCAUUCAUGCAAAUUCUAGAUAAUCAAGAAUUAAAAGAAAAAAGUAAGCACAGAUAACCUAUAGUACAUAAAGUCAUAUAGGAAAGUUAAAUAAGAAACUGAGAUGAAAAAGGCAUAAUAUAUUAAAGAAAAAUGUGA